UCAACGGCUACAAACAGCUGGUGCAACUUAAGCCAGUAGACAGCAGCACACCUGAUCUAAUCAGAUUAUGUCAUCUCUGCUAUAUAUUAGUCAGGCCAUCCUUCUCAACUGUCACUUGAAUCAGUCCACAAAAGAAUAUAAAUCCAAAAAGCAAAAUUAGAAAUUGAGAGAGAGAGAGAGAGAGAGAGAGAGAGAGAGAGAGAGAUCAUAAUCACACACACACACACACACUCGUUGAGUAAAAAUAUGGCAUACAGAAGAAGCACAAGUUCCUCAAUAAUGGAGGCUUUCUCAUUAAACCCUAUGCCAUAUCCAGUUCUGCUAUUCUCUUGUCUGAUCUUCCUCUUCCUCGGCCUUCAAUGGUACGUUUCGUACGAAUCAGUAGUCGAAGCUGCUGAGGAGAGUAUGGGGUGGCUGUUAAUGGCUGCCCCACUUGUCUUGUUGUUUGCCGUUAGGUGGCUGUCGACUCUUGAGAACCGGCCGGAGUGGUGGUUCCCCGGCACUUCUCCGCCGUGGGACAGUCGCCGGAGGAACUACUUCCGGUCGUCGGAGGAAGGUGGCUCGCCAUGGGGGGUGGCGGCUUUGAUAGUGUUGUUGCUUGUGUUGGUGCAGUACCAGUCUGUGUUUCUUGAAAGUUGGUUUGUAUGAGGUCAUUUUGCUAUAUGAAUUAUGACUUUAUAGUUUUUAUUUUCUUUUAAUGCAUUUUUAAGAAGUGUUAAUGGCUGUUUUUCUAGUAUUAAUAUUACAUUAACAAGCAAAGCUUGGUUUUUUA